GGGGGUAGGUUUCCUGACCUCCAGGCCAGUCUUCAGUGCUCGACCUAAUGGCAACUUGUAAGGAAUGGAAAGAGGAUAUAUGUCUUUAUCUAUUUGGUGGGAGCCUGGGCCUGGGGGGGCUCCUGCUCCUGGCUGUGGUCAUUCUGUCUGCCUGUCUGUGUCGGCUGCAUCGGAAAGUGAGGAGGCUGGAGAGGAGCUGGGCCCAGCUCUCCGAGCAAGAGCUGCACUAUGCGUCUCUGCUGCCUGUGCCCUGCCGUGAGGGGCCUGGCCUCAGCCACAGGGAAGGCUCCAAGGAGGACCCCAGCACCGAAUAUGCCUGCAUUGCCAAGAACGAAUCCACCUGAGCUCCCCCAAACGCCUCCCCCCAACCCAGGACUGUGGUCCAACCAAGAAAGACCAGUAAAGACCGUGGUCUCACCAC